AUGACACACAUAGCCAAACAAAAACUAGGUCAAUUACUCAUUCAAUAUCCCAAACCAGCUGGUCUGACAAUGGGCUAUGGCACAUCUGGAUUUCGUGCACGUUCAGAUAUUUUGCCGUGGAUCAUGGUCCGUAUGGGUUUAUUAGCAUCGCUUCGAGCAAAAGUAAAAAAAGCUUGUGUUGGAGUAAUGAUUACAGCAUCUCAUAAUCCAGAAUGUGAUAAUGGAGUAAAAUUAAUUGAUCCUAUGGGAGAAAUGCUUGAUCAAUCAUGGGAAGUUUAUGCCAAUAAUCUGGCUACAUUUGAUGAUAAUAUUGACGAACUUUGGGAAUAUAUUGAAUUACUGAUGAAUCAAUUAAACGUACAACCUCAAGACGAGGCAGUUAUUGCUCUGGCACAUGAUACAAGACAAAGCAGUAUACCACUUGCAUACGUUAUUAGACAAUCAGCUCAAGUGCUACACUCCAUCAUUCUCGAUUUUGAUUUGAUGACAACACCCCAGUUACAUUAUGUUGUUCGAUGUUACAAUGAUGAUUGUUCGUAUGGUCAUUAUACGGAAGCGGGCUACUUUGAUAAAUUGUGUACUGCAUUUCAAAAUUUAAUUGAGAUGUCACCUGGAGCACAACGUCCAGAACAAGUUAUUGUCGAUGCAGCUAAUGGAGUGGGUGCUGUUAAAUUGCAGUAUGUGGCUGCACGUUUAUCAAAAUUAAUUCAUAUUGAUGUUUUGAAUGAUGGAACUCAAGGUCAUUUGAAUGAUUGUUGUGGCGCUGAUUAUGUGAAAUUAUUACAAAAGCCACCUGCUGGCAUCGAAUUAAGACCAUCUCUAAAAUAUUGUUCGAUUGAUGGCGAUGCUGAUCGUUUGGUUUAUUUUUUUAUUAACUCAAAAAAGCAAUUUUGUAUGUUAGAUGGUGAUCGUUUUUCUGUUUUAUAUGCAUCAUUUCUCCAUACAAAACUCCAACAAGCCAAACUGAAUGAUGUUAAAAUUGGUGUAAUACAAACAGCGUACGCCAAUGGAAGUUCAACGGAUUAUUUAAUUAAUACAAUGCAUGUACCUGUGGCAUGUGUGCCGACAGGUGUCAAAUUUCUACAUCAUAAAGCACAAGAUUACGAUAUUGGUAUCUAUUUUGAAGCAAAUGGUCAUGGAACAGUAUUGUUUAGUGAUGAUAUAAAAAAUAAAAUCAAGACAGCUGUUGAUGAUCAAAGCCGAACAGCUGAAGAACGUUUAGCUGCAAAUCAACUUCGUGCAUUUAUAAAUAUAAUUAAUGAGACAGUUGGUGAUGCUAUUGCAGAUUUAUUAGCAACAGAAGCAAUCUUUGCUAUAAUGCAUUUGACUAUUGAACAGUGGUUACAAUUAUACACGGAUAUACCACAGCGACAAUUGAAAGUAUCCGUCCGUGAUCGCACAAUGAUUCAGACAACCGAUGCUGAAAGAUGUUGUACAGCACCAGCUUACUUGCAAGAUAGAAUCGACCAAAUUGUUUCAAAAUACCAAAGAGGAAGAUCGUUUGUCAGACCAUCUGGUACAGAAGAUGUCGUUCGAGUCUAUGCCGAAGCGCAUACACAAGCUGAUGCUGACAAAUUAGCGAAUGAAGUUCGUUUAGCUGUUGAAGAGUUUACUAGAUAA